GCACAGCGUAGACAAGAGCAUAUAUUAUUGUCAUCUAUGUUAUCCCCUUCACGGCGUCCGCUCCUGGCUCGAGGAACCUCCUAUCCCGUGUGUCCAAACACAUCCGCUCCACCGUUAAUAUCCUGAUUAUCGUUGCCGCCGUGGUUGGCCUGUCCGUACCUCUUCACCCCUCCUCCCCUUGGUUGUGGCUGGCACCCGAAGCCGGUCCCUCGAUCCCGUCAUAACCCGGCAGCACAUCCAACGGUUCUUUUCGCUCGACUCCGCACAGCUUUUGGUGGUAUUUCUGGUAUUCUUAAUAUUGCUGCGUUUCAUCCUUCCUUUCGUCCCUUUCUCGUCUGAUCUCUUUCCUCCCCCCUUCUUACGCCGUCUGUCGCGUUCUCCUACUUCCCGCUACGUCUGCCAACAGUUGUCACCCUCUUCUCGAUCACUGUCCUUACCAUUCGUCGCUGCUGCGGAACUGCGUCACAACGGCUGCAUCACGCUCGUCUCCUUUCUUGGUGGAGGGAAUUUAGUGGAUGGAACCACAGCCAUGGCUGCUCAAAGUGGAACAGAGACGCGCGGAGAUACAGACUUGCUGAAGCGGCCCGCCCUGCAGAAGUGAGUCAAGCCCUUUUCGUUCAGACAUCUUUGUUGGUCUGGCGCCAGAUCGUCACUGGAGGCAUGACGUUCUCUCCUAGAACGAAUGGAUGGAGGGGGAACGGAGCUGGAUAAAGGAAAGGACAAAGCAAAUAAAAACGUACAGCUUGCCAUAUGGUUUACUGUUGGGGUUCUGCAGAUUUGAGGCGGCCGCUGUCAAGCUGAACCGGGGAGGGUUUUGGGAACCACCCAUCGGUGAACUGGUUCUUUCUCUUCGCCUCACCUUGGCAACUUGUCCCAGCUCUGUUCCCCCUUCACUGCCUGUGGGGAUUUCCAGCAUAGAGAUCUCUCUGAUACCGUCCCCUCAUCAUUUUUAGCCCCUCUGCUCUUCAACUGAUGCAGUGAAUCCUCAAUACCUAUAUUCCCGUCAGAUGGCUAACUAAUCCAACUAGCAAUGGUUCACAGGGUACAGAAGACAGUCUGAGUUCUGGCCAUAUUGGCUCCAGUACUCCCUCACCUUCGGGGAUCUCCACUCCACAGCCCGACCCCGCAGAUAAACGGCAGCCUUCUAUAGUACCCAGCUACUUCCAGGUUGGUUCCUCUCCCUCUGGCUCUAAACUCAACUCCCUUGAUUUGUGGUUCUCUGGCUUGAAGAAUUCUUCCACUGUGGACAAACCCCGAACGGGGAGCCAGGGCAAGGCAACACGGGACGCGGAAGGCUUGAAUUGUAAUUCCUCUUCAUUCGAGUCCUUGGGCAUGGCCUCCAAGGCCAACUCUUCGGCUCUCCCGGAUGGGAAGCUCGAAACAGAGGAACUGCCGCUGGUCUUGAAGAAUCCUACCAAUCUCCCUACUCCUCCCCUCAGCGAUCCUUGCUCCCUUUUGCAGAAAGAGUCGGAUGAAACAGAUACUGGAGCUUCUAGUCAAGAAAAGGGCGUGGGCUCCAUUUUCACGGCGUUAAGAGACUAUCUUUCCCCUCGAAACACAUUUUCUGAACCCCAGUCGCUACGUCACACGUCGCCUUCCGUGUCUGGGAUCUCUAGCGACCCAGUUCUUGCUUCUGACUUCUCCAGUCCCACCCUUCCUCAGACUCAAGACGUGUUUUCUUCCUCACCAGUUCCCCUCUUGGAUCACGAAAAGCCACCUGCUCCUUCACCCUCCUGUGAAAACCUUGCAAGGCUAACUGGAAACGUACCCGAUGGGUCGCGUCUAAAGAAUACUCCUCCUCUCACCCCACGAGCUAUGUCCAACGAAAAAACUCAAGCCGAUGAGCAACCGGACUCUGGAUCGCCAUUACCACCAUCUUCUGAUGCGGCACCCGAGAAGCAGACGGACAAUGUAGCGAGUAUUGCGGACGACAUUGCGGGGAGGCUUGAUAAGGCUUUUCCUCCUCAAGAACCAAACGUCUCAACACAAGGAGCCUCGUCACAGGGAGGUCCUCCUGUUGGACCUCUAAAGGGUAAACUUAUUGUCAGGAUCUCCGAAGCUAGGGGACUACGCCCAUCCUUCGAUCCAUAUGUAGUCUGCGUUUUCGAGUGGAACGAAUUUGUCUCCAAUGGCGCUCAAAGCGAAGAGGAAACCGCUCUGGAGCGACGAAGAGUAAAGAAGGAGCUGGAGCCGGAUGCUGGCCGACCGAUGGCAAUCCCAAUGAAAAGCCGACAGAGCAGCAGCAACAGCCUACACUCUCUUGAACACAAGUCGAAGAAAACAGUCACAGACCCUCACUGGAAUCUUGAGGCUGCUUUUGACGUUCUUGGAGAGCAGUCCGAGAUUGAUAUUUCGGUUUAUGACCGCUACAACCAAGAAGAGUUUCUGGGCCAUACACGACUCUGUAUAAACCUGAGACAGGAUCAUAGUCGGCUGGAGGGAUGGUUCCCGCUGGCCAUGCGUGGAGCAGGGGAUCAUCAGAUAUCCGGAGAAAUCCAUCUCGAAAUCACAUUUGAGAAGACCGACCAGAAGCAAGUCGGACCAAACGACUUCAAGAUCCUCAAACUAAUCGGAAAGGGCACGUUUGGUCAAGUCUACCAAGUAAAAAAGAAGGACACGCGACGGAUCUACGCAAUGAAGGUGCUGUCGAAGAAGGUGAUCAUUCAGAAGAAAGAAGUGGCUCACACUCUGGGGGAGCGGAACAUCUUGGUGCGGACUGCUAUGGCAGCAUCUCCAUUCAUUGUUGGGCUCAAAUUCUCAUUCCAAACGCCCACGGAUCUGUACCUAGUCACCGACUACAUGUCCGGCGGCGAGUUGUUUUGGCAUUUGCAGAAGGAGGGUCGGUUUCCGGAGGCCCGUGCGAAGUUCUACAUAGCGGAGUUGAUUCUGGCUCUGCAGCAUCUCCAUGACCAUGACAUUGUGUACCGUGAUCUCAAACCAGAGAAUAUCCUGCUGGAUGCCAAUGGCCACAUAGCACUCUGCGACUUUGGCCUCUCCAAAGCCAAUCUCACGCAAGGCGAUACGACAAAUACCUUCUGCGGAACCACCGAGUAUCUCGCGCCUGAGGUAUUACUUGACGAGCAAGGAUACACCAAGAUGGUUGACUUCUGGUCCCUUGGAGUUCUAGUAUUCGAAAUGUGCUGUGGCUGGAGUCCAUUCUACGCCGAGGAUACGCAACAAAUGUACAAGAACAUCGCCUUCGGCAAGGUUCGAUUCCCCCGUGAUGCGCUUAGCACCGAAGGAAGGAAUUUCGUUAAGGGUCUUCUCAAUCGAAAUCCCAAGCAUCGAUUGGGAGCCAAGGGUGAUGCCAAGGAGCUAAUAGCACAUCCUUUCUUCCACGACGUGGACUGGGAGGCUCUGAGCCGCAAGGAGGUCGUUCCCCCGUUCAAGCCAAAACUCAAAUCCGACACCGACACAUCCAACUUCGAUCCUGAAUUCACAAACGCCCUUGAUAUUUCAGCGUCUCUCAACGACCGUGCCGCCGCCCUAGCAAAUAACUUGAUGGGAGCCUCGACGCCGCUUUCCCCUGGCAUGCAGGCCAAUUUCAAGGGAUUUACUUUCGUCAACGAGAGCUCUGUUGAGCAACAUUUGAAGAAUGUCUCAACCGACCGCGCGGAAGAAGAUAGUAUAAAGGACGAAGACCUAUGGCAACGAUCUCACCGUUCUGGACAUUCUGUCGGCGGUGCCAAACCUAGUGAUCCCGAAGCCGGUGUCUUCCAUGUUGACGAGAACUUUGAUAUGUGACGAUGUCACCUUUUGCAUGGUAAUGGAGUCUGCUUGCAUAUGUCCCGUUUCUUUUUCUUUUUCGUCUUGUACAUGUCUCGAAUGAAUGGGGUUCACAGUUCCGCCUUCUUUCUGUCCAGUUCAUUCCCCCGUUUGUUGACGUUUGUUGAAACUCUUCACACGACAUGAGUUUUUCUUUUGCCGCUGGGUUAUCUUUAGCUAUGAUGGAACAAAUGUUCCAGUAUCUUUAUUCUCUACUUGUGCACAUUCAUGAGCAUCAUUGUACUUCUCUCCCUUCUUAUUUAAGGCGAAGGGACUGAUUUCUGUUGUCGGUGUUUCCUAUGGGGUUUCUGCUACUCCAGCUGGCUUAUGUACCUGACAUUCCUAUUGACGCCUGUCCUAACGACUUGGGGCUUUCUCUUUUCUUUCUUGUUAUUUUUACCUUUUCCAACCUUUUUUUUGAAGCCAUUCAAACGAGUUACUUGGUGGCCAGGUCUUUCAUCUAUCCAACUCUUUAGAACCGGCUUGGUAUGGCUCGUUUGCCAUACAGGCUGACUAGUCUUCGGGCCGCAUUAACCCUCCUUGCUUGAUGUUGUCUAAAAUUGCCUAGCUGUACCGGGAAAGAGCCGAUUCAGCCAGAGUUUACGUGUGCUGGGGGCGAUAAAGAGUAAAGAAGGCGUUGAUUCCCAUUGAUGGCGGCAUUCAUUCCGGAUGAGGUGGCGCACGGGGUGGUUCGACUGAGAAUUGAGAGACGAGCAUCCUUGCCGUGGCAGCAGAGAGAUCACCAUUGGCAGUCGGAUCUAAUGCUAUAAUUAAUGCUCUGAUAAAAUACGAUCCAUGGCUUGGGGCGACCGGACAUGCCGGUUCCCUUUAUAGUUAUCGUAAUUCCGGAGCGGCCUCCUUAGCCGAUCUCCCUAUGCAACUUAGGACGGAUCAGUCGGUAUUAAUAUGAUCGAAUGACAAUACAUUAAUAAUAGAAUAGAGGGCGCCGCUGAUGAUGCUGCGUCUGUGCAGAGCAGGACAUUG